GGAGAGAACAGUGCUCGUGCUGGUCGGACAUGGCGACCCUCGGCUUGCGUUUUGCUGCUGUUCUGAGUGUCGCGAGCUUUCUUCUUGUUGCUUCUGCAAUCCCGCUCGAUGUGUCGUACGAUGAAAGGGGGAUCAAAAUGAAUGGUGAAAGCAGGAUAAUCAUCUCCGGUUCCAUCCAUUACCCUCGUAGCACUCCUGAGAUGUGGGGUGAUCUCAUUAGGAAAGCAAAAGAGGGUGGCCUUAAUGCCAUUGAGACUUACGUUUUCUGGAAUGCCCACGAGCCCCUGUACCGUCAGUACGACUUCGAAGGAAAUAAUGAUCUAGUCCGGUUUAUCCAAACCGUUCAUGACGCCGGGCUCUAUGCCAUUCUUCGCAUUGGCCCGUACGUCCGUGCGGAGUGGAAUUACGGAGGAUUUCCCGUCUGGUUGCAUAAUUUGCCCGGUGUAGAGUUGAGAACAAACAACACCAUUUAUCAGAAUGAGAUGAAAACGUUUGUCACAUUGAUAGUAGACACGAUGAAAAGGCAUAAUCUUUUUGCUAGCCAAGGUGGCCCGAUAAUACUUGCUCAGAUUGAGAACGAGUAUGGAAACGUGGAAUGGGCUUAUGGGGACAAAGGGAAAUCGUACUUGAAUUGGUGUGCACAAUUGGCCACAAGUUAUGGCAUCGAUGUUCCGUGGAUUAUGUGUCAACAGAACGAUGCUCCUUCUCCAAUGAUUAAUACAUGUAAUGGAUGGUAUUGCGACCAAUUUUCUCCUAAUAAUCCUAAGAGUCCUAAAUGGUGGACUGAGAACUGGAGUGGAUGGUUUAAGGAUUGGGGUAUGAAGGAUCCACAUAGGACUGCUGAGGAUCUUGCUUUUGCUGUAGCAAGAUUUUUCCAAUAUGGAGGAUCGCUUCAGAACUAUUAUAUGUACCAUGGUGGAACAAACUUUGGUAGAACAGCCGGCGGUCCAUAUAUCACCACAUCAUAUGACUAUGAUGCACCCCUUGAUGAAUAUGGUAACUUGAAUCAACCGAAGUGGGGACAUCUGAAACGGCUGCACGAAUUGAUCAUGUCCAUGGAGGAGAUCCUCACCAAGGGAGUCAAGAGGAAUGUCGAUUACGGAAACAUGAUGACGGGCAGCGUGUUCAUGUAUGAUGGGAAGCAAAGUUGUUUCCUGGGCAACGCGAACCAGAACCAAGACUUCACCGUCAACCUCAUGGGGAACAAUUACACGGUCCCGGCUUGGUCCGUCAGCAUCCUCCCCGACUGCUACACCGAGGCCUACAACACGGCUAAGGUCAAUACCCAGCAGUCGCUAAUGGUGAAGCUACCCAACGAGGCUGACGACCAAACUGAGCCUAAUGAGUUGAAAUGGGACUGGAGGCCGGAGCACGCCGAGCACUUGCACGGCGGCGUUGCUAAAGGAAGUGUGAUGACCGUGAACCAGCUUUUGGAUCAAAAGACCGUCACUAACGACACUAGCGACUACUUGUGGUAUCUAACUAGUCUUGAUGUGAGCAAGAACGAUAGCCUCGCGGGGAAGGCGAUAACCCUACACGUCCAGACCAACGGGCACAUCAUUCAUGCUUUUGUCAACGGGAAGCACGUCGGGUCUCAAUGGGGUACCUAUGAUCAUUUGGAAUUCACCAUGGAGAAAGGCAUCAAGCUGAAGGUUGGGAAAACCAACACAAUCUCUCUCCUGAGCGUCACCGUUGGUUUGCAAAACUACGGGGCCAACUUCGACACGGUUAAGGUCGGGAUCCAUGGUCCGGUGAAGCUGAUUGGCAACAAAGACCAGAGCGACGAGGUGACCCGGGACUUGUCGACCAACUCAUGGACGUACAAGGUGGGCUUGAAUGGCAUGGAAGAGAAGGGGCUUCAAUUGGACAACGCUCGUCACCAACAUGGAUGGAAAUCUUACAAUCUCCCUUCAAACAGAUUGUUCGUUUGGUACAAGACAACUUUCAAGGCUCCCUUGGGCAGUGACCCUGUGGUCGUGGACUUGCAAGGGCUUGGCAAAGGCACUGCUUGGGUGAAUGGCCACAACAUCGGCCGGUUUUGGCCGAGCUACGUCACCGGCGAGGAUGGUUGUGCCGUCACGUGCGACUACCGUGGAGCCUACAGCGACAAGAAAUGUUUGACCAAUUGCGGGAAACCUAGUCAAAGAUGGUAUCACGUCCCGCGGUCCUUCCUUCAAGACGACGGCAACAAGCUGGUCCUCUUCGAGGAGUUCGGCGGCACGCCACUCAACGUAAGGUUCCAGACGGUCACAGCUGGGACGAUCUGUGCCACUACUGACGAGGGGCAGAAGCUGGAGCUGUCGUGCCAAGGCGGACUCGUCAUGUCAGAGAUCCGAUUCGCCAGUUUCGGCGAGCCGGCGGGCGCCUGUGGAUCGUACGCGCGGGGUAGCUGCGAAGCUCCCGACACCCUCUCAGUCAUUGAGAAGCAAUGUCUUGGACAAGAGAGCUGUACACUCGAUGUUUCGGAGAACACUUUCGGACCCACCGGGUGCCACCAGAAUGUCUAUAGGCUGGCUGUUGAAGCUACUUGCGAUUCGCCAUAGUUUAUUUAUUCUUUUUAUAUGAUACUCUUUAGUUUAUUUAGGGUUUCUUGUAAUUUGGGUACAAGGGUGUUGCAUGUUUUUAUGUUUCAUUAACCUUUAAUUAGGAUGUCUACUUGUUUCAUACACUUCGAUUCAUAUUGGUUUAAGUACUAC